CGCUAUAAAUCGAAUUACGGCUCGUACGCGGGUAGAGUGCGAAACGGGCUGCGUGUACCAAUGCAUUGGUACUCCGCGAAUUUAAUUUCUCGCCUAUCCCUGGCUCGAGGCCGAUAAAUAAUCGCGAAACUGCCGGUGCGGUCGGGUCCGUUUAGAAAAACGUGCGAUGGAGAAGCGUGAGAAACCGCCGGAGGAGCCGGGGAAGUUGAGGCAGUUCCUUGCCGCGGUAGUCGUAAAUCAGCUGGCGCUGUCCUAUGGGAUCGUGAUGGGAUGGCCGUCGCCGUCGGCUCCGCAGCUGCAAAGUCCUUCGUCACCCGUGGGGGAUGAGCCCAUGACGGACGCCGGCGUGUCCUGGCUGACUGGCAUUUUGUGCCUGAGCGGCACCGCCAUGACCGUGGUGAUGUCGGUGAUACCGGUGGACAAGUUUAGCCGGAAGAGAUUCUGCUACGUGUUAACGUUGCCGAUAAUAAUCGCCUGGCUGCUGAUCACGUUCGCCACCGAUCACACGUACAUCUACGUGUCGCGGGCCCUGACCGGCAUUGCUGGCGGCUGCACGUUCGUCCUCCUGCCGAGCUACGUGUCGGAAAUUUCGUCCGACAGCAUCCGCGGGAUGUUGGCGACUAUCCUGGUAUUUUCCGUGAACUUCGGAAUACUGGUGGCUUACAUCCUGGGUGGCGUAAUGUCCUUCCGCGCCCUACCCGUGGCCGUUAUAGCGUUAAUUGUUUUGUUCCUCAUCACCUUCAUCUUCCUGCCGGAGUCGCCGGUCUACCUGGUGCGGCAAAAUCGUAUGCACGAAGCGAUUAGAUCAUUGAAGUGGUUGAAAGCUGGGAACAGUCAGGCAGCGGAACGUGAGCUGUCGCACAUACAGUUGCAAAUCAAGGAGACCGCGUCUAUGAAAUCCGCCAAGUAUUCGGAUUUGUUUAGAGACAGAGCGACGAUCAAAGGACUGAUAAUCGUUCUGGGUUUGUACGUCGGCCAACAAUUUUGCGGGAUCUUUGCGAUGAUCAGCAACACAGAGACUAUCUUCAAAAUGUCGGGCAGUUCGUUAUCACCGAACGCGUCGUCCAUCAUCGUAGCGACCAUGCAGAUUCUCGGCUCGGUAGUGGCGAUGUUCCUGGUGGAGCGUGCGGGCAGACGGCUCCUGAUCCUCCUGUCCUGCGUGGGUAUGUGCGUGUGCCACUGCGUAAUAGGCACAUUCUGUUACCUUCAGACCCUCCAAUACGACGUGUCCGCCUAUUCGUGGAUACCGGUGGUGGCACUGUCCACCUUCAUACUGGUAUAUUCCUUCGGUAUGGGCAACGGACCCGUCGUGGUGAUGUCCGAGAUAUUCAGCCGUGACGUGGCCAGCCUGGCCUCGGCCGUGUCUCUCAUUGCCAGCUGGGGAAGCGCCUUCGUCAUGACAAAGGGCUUCACCGAUCUCGUCGCUCUGCUAGACAUGCACGGCUGCUUCUACCUCCUCGCCACCUUCUGCGUGUCCAAUUUCGUGUUCUACUUCAUGCUGCUGCCGGAGACGAAAGGACGAAGGCGCGAGGACAUUGUGGAUGAACUUAAUGGCGCGCGGUGUAAAAAUAAGGACAGUGUUAAGCAUGUCAUUGGGACGGAUUCAGUGCAUGCGGCGUAUGUGUGAAAGUGUUACUUCCAAGGGACUACGUCUCUCCGCGGGAUCCGAACUAGAAAUACUAACGAAAACUAUUAAUACUAGCGAAAACACUUUCAUUAUUUAAGUUCUUUUUGUUGACAUUGUUCAUCCUGUAUAUAGCUUUAGAAAGAAGUUUACGUGUUGUCGGUUUCUUAAGAAUCACUUCCUUUACGCUGAUAUGUGCAAUACUCGCAAGUUUUAGUCCUUACAUUCCAUUCAUAUCGUUACAUUUAUUCAUUAAUCAAAAUUUAAAAUAGUUGCUCAAGUGUUAUGCUUAAAAGUAUUACGCUUUAUUAAAAAAUAUGACUCAAUGUAUUGCGAAAACAAAAUGAUUAAUUAAAUAUAAUAAUUAAAUAUAUUAAAAUCAUUUUGUUUAGAUAAAAAGGAGACGAGUUUCGCGUCAUUUACUUUAACUGGUUGAACUGUUGCCUGAAAUUUUAUUUUAUUAACAUGAAACUACUUAUCGCGGAAAAUGCGUAAAUUUUUGUAAUCUCAUAUAUUAUCAGGCAAGUGUGUCUCAUAGCACACAAAAUGCUAAUUUCAAGGAUUGACGUGAUAUAUGGCACGACAAAUAUGACAAAACUGAUAAUAUUAACGAUGUCAAUAAUAUUCAAACGAUGAUAUAAACGAGAAUGUGUAUAAAUAUUCACUAAUUCGUUGGUUUUAAUAACAAAAUUAUUAUUAUAGAUAAGAACAAAGAUUGUAUA